UGUAACAACAACAUUUGCAGCAUUUCUUGCAAAACGCUGAGGGUUUUUUCAUCGAUUAAGCAUGGUUUUAUUCUUCAAGGAUUGCCAGUUCACGGUGGAUUUUACUUCCAAGCACUUUGCUUACAAACGAAAGCAAGAAAUCCGUCGAAAUAUCGUUGACCAUGGAGGAACAAUUUCGUACAUACUGAAUAACAAGACCAAGUACUUCGUCUCAGAAAACAAAGAGGUAGACGACACAUACAAGGGCAGGGCAGCUCUGAAACUUGGUAUACCGAUUGUGUCAUUGUCAUUUAUUGACGACUGCGCGGAACAGCAGAAGUUGUUGGAAAGCGAUGAAUAUCUCACGAUUGGCAAGUCCUUGGCCAACCAGUUUUCCUCUGGUAUCAUCAAAGCAGCUUCCAAGACACCGAAUGUCUCGAAACAAAAGACACAAAAGCCCCUGACAUUGGCAAAUCUUAGAGCUACAAGGGUUUAUCAGUUUAAUCAAGAUAACGAGUCUAUUCCUUUCUUUCCAUCUGAUGAUUUUGAAAUCGUUAAACAUUCGUGGUUUAAGAAAUCUGACAAAAAUGGUUUGUUUCGUUUUGUCGCUAUUGAACUGCAUAUCAGUACUGCCAAGGAAGGUGAGAUUGACAUCGAAAAAUCACAUCCAAGUCAUCGUAUAUUCUCUCAUUCUGGAAUCCUUCAAAAGGGAAUUGAUGUGAAUGAGAAACCUGACAAAAAGGAAUGUCGUUUUGCCGACAACUCCGAUACUGCUGAGCAAUUGUAUUCCCUUUUCUGUUCACAACAACAGCCCGAAUACCGUCGGCAAUUCUCAGCCUUUCCUCCUGGUGUUGGAUCGCAUAAAAUGAUUUCUAACAAUAUAUCCAGUGAAGUAUUGAACAAAGAAAAUCUGUCUCCUCCUGUGAAGGCGCUUGUUCACAGCAUCUCGUCUGAAGCGAUCGGAGAGCUGAGUUCUCUACUCAGCGAUUCGGUUGAACAGCUCAAACUGGAAGAUAUCUCAAAAGCUGAAGGAGUAUUGCAAGCUAUUCGAGAAAUUCUCGACAAAGGCGAUGCUUCGGAUGAAAAUUUGGGGAAAUAUUCUCAGGAGUUUUACUCGCUCGUUCCACACAACGAGGAAUACGUGAAAGAAAUUAAAACAAAGCGAGUUAUUGCAGAAAAACAGGAUCUCUGUCAGUUAAUUAAAGACAUCUUAAAUGUAAACGAAGCGACGAAUUUCUCAACGCGAAGCAGCGACGAAGCAAAAUACAAAGCGUGCGGUUGUCAUCUUGAAAGUCUUUCGAAGACAACAGACGAAUACUUGAACAUUGUCAAUAAAGUGCUGUCAUCCUCGACCAGGAAUAUCAAAGUACAGAACAUAUUUUCAUGCCAACGUCCAGCCGAGUCAGCGCAUUUCGAAUCCCAUCUUGGAAACAUUCGUCAACUCUUCCAUUCCUCGAAAGCGCAAAAUUUCCUGGGUAUUUUAUCCCGGGGUCUUCUUCCCCCCAAAAUUGUGGUCCGUGAUUUCGGAGGUGAGCGCUCGGACGCUGGUAACUUGGGGACUGGAAUCUACUUCGGUUCGGAUGCGACGACGAGUGUGAAGUACUCGUCCCCAGGAAAAACUCGGGGAACACGGUUACUUCUCAUAUGCGAGGUUGCGUUAGGGCGUGUCAAGGACUUCACAGAAUUCACCUAUGAUUUGGAGCAUGCGCCCGAUGGCUACCAGAGCUGUCACGGUGUCAAAAACCAACCAAAUUCUUGUCCAUCAGAAUUUGAAGAAGACGAAUAUGUUGUUUACUCUGUCAACCAACAAAGGAUUCGAUAUUUGGUCGAGUUUAGUUUACCAGAAGACGAUGUAACGGAUGUCAUCAUCGAUGAUACUGUCAUUGGACGUGGAAGUGAAGAUGUUCUCGUUGAACCCACAACAGCAAUUUCUCUUGACGAGGAAGCAAUGUCAUCAUCGGAUGAAGAAGAAUUUGCUCCAAAUAUUACAACCUCUGAUAUCGAGGCUCUUGAAGAUCCACUGACCAAAGUGAAACCAGGAUUGCGAUCUGAUGGAGACACCUUGGUGCCUUUAAAGUCCGUUCAUAUUAGAGCGAAACUUUUGGACCUCUGUGCGAAAGUUGUUGUCAUGCAAGUUUAUAAGAAUUCAAGUGACAAACCAAUUGAAGCCAAAUAUGUUUUUCCAUUGGAUGACAUGGCUGCUGUGUGUGGUUUUGAGGCAUUUAUCAAUGGUAAACAUAUCGUUGGUGAAGUAAAGGAGAAAGAACAAGCCCACAAGGAGUACAAGAAAGCCAUCAGCGAGGGGCAUGGGGCUUAUUUGAUGGACGAGGAGACGCCAGAUGUGUUUACGGUUAGUGUUGGUAAUAUCCCUCCCGGAGCGACCGUCUUGAUCAAAAUAACGUACGUUGCUGAGCUUGCUGUUGAAGAUGAGAAUAUAGUGUUCAGUCUCCCCGGUUCCCUCGCACCAUGGUCACGUGAUCAGGCGCUGAAAGAAAGCACACAAAAUGUUCUUCAGAGUUUUCAAGCUCGUGAUGAUGAUUCUUGUGAUCUUUCUGUUCACAUUGCUGUUGAGAUGCCGUUCGAUAUAAGAACACUGGACUGUCCUACACACGUUGUUAGAUUAAAGAAAACAGCAACAAAAGCGGUUCUGGAGAUGAAGGAAGGUCAAAAACUGGACAAUGGUUUUCAAUUGUUGAUUGGUCUCGCGGAAAUCCACGUUCCACGAAUGUGGGCCGAGAGACAUCCCGAAAACGCAGACUCGCAGGCUUGUAUGUUGUCUUUUUACCCUGAAUUCGAGGCAGACCCGAUUGAAAAUGUCGAAUAUGUCUUCCUAUUGGAUGUGUCUUGUUCAAUGAAGGGAUCUUCUAUUGACAAUGCAAAGAAAAUUCUACUUCUUGCCCUGAACAAACUACCAGCAAACGCUAGGUUUAAUAUCGUUGCUUUUGGAAACCAAUGGUUGGAGUUAUUUCCGUCAAGUGUUGAGAAGACGGAGAAAAGUAUGAAAGAAGCUGCUGCUUUUGUUAAAAACCGCACCAGUGAUAUGGGAGCCACUGAUCUCUGGAAGAUUUUAAGAGCUUUAAGUCUACUACCGGUGAGAUCCAAUGUCCACGUGAGGAACGUGUGUGUUCUCAGUGAUGGGCACGUGACCGAAACCGAGAUGGUUUUGAGACUGGCAACCAGUGGCUUUGCUCAGACCAGGAUAUUCACGUUUGGUGUAGGCUCUUCUGCAAAUCGUUAUUUCUUGCGGACUUUGGCAAAAGUUGGCGCAGGCGCGUCGGAAUACUUUGACGAGAAAGUCAAGUCAAAAUGGAAAAGAAAAGUGGAGUCUUUUAUCUCGAGGUCGCAACAACCUGUCCUCACGUCAGUAUCUGUUGCCUGGCAACAGUUUGAUAAUGACGCACCAACUCCAAUCCAGGCCCCAAGCCAAAUAUUAUCGCUUUUCAAUGGCUCGAGACAAGUGGUGUAUGGCUUUGUUCCUUACUGUACCCAGGCGACAUUAAAAGCUAUGAUAAAUGGCAAGGAGAUUUCAACAAUGGUCUCAACGUCAGAACUGAGUAUCACCUCUGGUUCAACCUUGCAUCAGCUGACAGCCAGGGCACUGAUUAAUGAUUGGGAAGAAGGAUUACUUGCCCCAGACCACCUCCAUCACCAGGCGGUCAAGGUGUCUCGCAAAGAUUAUAUUAUUGAAAUAAGCAAGAAAUACUCAGUCACGUCCAAGUUCACAAGUUUUGUCGCAAUUGAAAAGCGUGAAGAAGGCGAGACCUUUGAUUCGACAACUGCGCCGGACGUCGACGAAAUUCUUGAUGGAGAAGAUGUGGAUAUCUUGGGAUAUAUUGGGUUCGAGGAGGACGAUGAGGAAUCAGAGGGGGAAUCAGAGGACUCAGAGGAUGAAUCAGAGGAGGAAUCAUUGUCUUCUGGUGAUGUUGAUGAACUUUUGGGCGCAGCUCAUGAGCUUGCAUAUCCUGGUUUGAUGGUGCGUAAUUUUUCUCCCGAAUUUACGGAUUUCGAUUCUUCGCAUCGAUUAUAUGAUUCUACUGGUGAUGAAGAAAUUUAUGGUUUCGGUGGAGGGUCAAGCGAGCUUUGUUUUGAUAUGGACGUAGAAAAAUGUUCUUUGGAAUGUUCUCUGGUGCCACCAAAGGAACGUUCUUUAAGUCCUGGAUUUCCAAUUAUGAACACAUUCUCAACAGGACAUGAUGUUGAAGAACUUGAUGAUUUGCCUCCAGAUCUAGGGGCACCAAGCGGACGAUAUUUGAGUACUGAAUUUCCAGUUAUGAACACAUUCUCACCAGAUUUACAUGAUGAUAAUGAAUGA